AUGUACCGCUGUGCCCUUCGGAGAGCUGCCGUUCGCCCCACGGCCCGUGUCGUGGCCCGCCAGGCCCGGAUGUAUUCCCAUUCGCCUGAGGACGACCUCGUCGACCCGCGGACGUUGCCCCGCCCCAAGUUCCAAAAGGAAAUUGAGGUGCCCAUCGUCAACCCCGCCGAAAAGUACAAGGACACCAUCGAGGAAUUGCACAAGUACGGCAAGUACAUCAUGGCGUGCUUGCCCAAGUACAUCCAGCAGUUCUCGGUGUGGAAGGACGAGCUCACCAUCUACAUCGCCCCGUCGGCGGUGCUCCCCGUGAUGCUGUUUUUGAAGCACCACACCUCGGCCCAGUUCAAGUCUGUCGUCGACGUCACUGCCGCCGACUACCCUUCGAGAACCAACCGGUUCGACGUUGUCUACAACAUGUUGCUGGUGAGACACAACUCGAGAAUCAGAGUCAAAACCUACGCCUCGGAGACGUCGUCGGUGCCCUCGGUGGUGCCGUUGUUCCAAGGGGCCAACUGGUUCGAAAGAGAGACUUACGACUUGUUCGGGGUUUUCUUUGAAAACCACCCCGACUUGAGAAGAAUCAUGACCGACUACGGGUUCGAAGGUCACCCCUUGAGAAAGGAUUUCCCCACUACUGGUUACACCGAAGUCAGAUACGACGAAGAAAAGAAGAGAGUCGUCUACGAACCCCUCGAGUUGACCCAGGCCUGGAGAAACUUCACCGUUGGGGCGUCGGUGUGGGAACAAGUUGGUGAAGGUAAGGACUUCACUCCUGAGUCGAUGAAGUUGCCCACUCCCGAACCCGAACCCAAGGAAGACGAAGCCGCUAAGAAGUAA